CGUCCUUAGGCUAGAAUUGAAACCUAGCUAAACUAACAUUAAUCCAACCAAAAAACAUGCAAUGUUCAAAUGAAACAAUUGCUAGGUUGUUCUACAAUGCCUCAAGCUCCUUUCAACUUCUUUUGUUUUUCUCAUAUGUCACCUCCAUUUUCCUUGCUAAGCUCUUCUACUUCCUUGGUGGCAACAUAUUCUCCUUCUUCCAAAGGAAUCAAGAAGCAUACGAGUUUGCAGGAUUUUCUGAUGAUGAUAAUGAGGAAGUGGAAGAUGAAAAAUGCUACACUUAUCAUCAUCAGAGUACCCUUUUGGUCUCCAAAGCCAUUCAUGGCGGCGGCGGAGGAGAUGAAGGAAUGGGUUUUGUGCAUCAAAAGGCUUUCGACGGCGGCGAUGCAGUGCUGCCGGAGGAGUGCUCCGGCAGUGAAGCGGUGACUGCCUGCAGCUCUCCGGCGCCGGUGGAACCUUGUGACGAUGAUGAAGCCAAGAUUCCAACUGCACAACAUUAUUUUGAUUCUUCCAAUAAUUCUUAUGAUGUUUCUGGUGGCAACAACAAACUCGGCCCCACGUUAUAUUUCCACAGAAAUAUAAAGAACGGUGUCUUUGAUACCUCCUCAGACAUUGACAACUUUUUGGAAGAUUGCUACAAGGGGGUGAAGAAAGAGAAGAGAGGAAUGGUAAGAAAUUUCAUGGAUGUGGAGGAGGAUUUCUUUGUGUUUGCUCCAUCCAAGCUAGAGAGCAAGAAGAAGUUUGAGUUUGAAGAAAAAGAAAAUAUGAAUAAAAAGGAAGAAGGUUUUGGGCUUGGGUGCACAGUUGGAUCCUGCACUUCAUCUGAGUCGGAGUGGAGAAGCUCCAUUAAAUACUCAGAAGACCCUUUCUCUUCAUCUUCAAGAAGAAGCUGCCCUACCUGGGAAUCCUAUGCUGUUUUUCACAAGUACGAUGAAGAGAUGUUGUUCUUGGAUCGAAUCAGCGUCCAGAAACUCCAUGAAACAGAAUCCCUUAGGUCUUCCCUACAAUCAUGCCCAAGAUCGAUAUCAGAGAGGAUAGCCUGCAAACUCACAAGGAACAAAACAUCAUCUGAUUUUCGACACAUUAAUAAUCCGUACCAUGAACUAGAGGCAGCUUAUGUAGCGCAGAUUUGCUUGACAUGGGAAGCAUUAAACUGGAACUACAACUACUUUCAGCGCCUCAGGGCUUCUUUCGGGGGCCGCGUAACCGGCGACGACCAUGGAUGUCCAUCCACUGUGGCUCAGCAAUUUCAGCAGUUUCAAGUUCUUCUGCAAAGGUACAUAGAGAAUGAGCCAUAUGAACAUGGAAGGAGACCAGAGAUUUAUGCUAGGAUGAGAAGCUUAGCUCCAAAGCUCCUUCAAGUCCCAGAAUACAGAGAUUCGGAUGAGAAAGGAGAAGAAGGGGCAGGCUCAAGGGUUCCAUCAGAAUCAUUUCUCAGAAUAAUGGAGGAAGGGAUGAGGACAUUCAUGAACUUCCUCAAAGCAGACAAGGAAAAUCAUUGCAGAAUAAUUGCUUCUUUCUUUAGGAAGAACAGAAGAGGCUCAGCUGAUCCUACUCUUCUCCUCCUACUCAAGAAAGUAAACAAAAAGAAAAAAUCAAAGGUGAAAGAGGUUAAGAGAGCAGGUAAAUGUUUGAGGAAAAAGUGGUUGAAGGAAGAGGAAGAAAUGGAGAUACUGAUGGCAGAGAUAGACCUGAAAGUGGUGUCUAGGGUUUUGAGGAUGACAGAACUGAACGAUGAACAGCUGCAUUGGUGUGAAGACAAGAUGAGCAAAGUCAAGAUCUCUGAUGGCAAGCUAUUCAGAGACUCUUCAACACUUUUCUACCCAGCAAGCUGCACCACAUUCAUUGAUCCAAUCCAAACCCCUAAUUAAUUAAUUAAUUAAACCCCACCAACUUAAUUAUAUCAACCGCUAAUGUUCCUUUUUAGUGCAAAUACUAAAUACCAAAACAAUACGUACUUGCAUUAUAUUCUGGCGUUUACAAUCCGUUUUUGCACUCACACUUACACAUUUGCAAGGCUAGUUAGUGCUCGAAAUGUUUGAAUGUGGGCCGGGAUGACAAGGAUGGGGAGAAUUUUUGUCAAGAAUAAGCAAAGAGAAAGCAAUUAAGGAA